AUGACGUCUGAAGGCAGCUUUGUACAACCUGCGAUUCCGCGAUUUGAUGGACACUACGAUCACUGGAGUAUACUAAUGGAAAACUUUCUAUGUUCCAAAGAGUAUUGGAACCUGGUGGAAACGAGAGUCACUGCAUCAGUAGAGGGAGUUGACUCAAGUGAUGCACAUAAGAAGGUGAUUGAUGAUCAAAAGCUGAAAGACUUGAAGUGCAAAAACUAUUUGUUUCAAGCCAUCGAUCGUUUGAUCUUAGAGACCAUAUUGAAGAAGGACACUGCGAAGGACAUCUGGGAUUCCUUGAAGCAGAAAUAUCAAGGAACAGCACGUGUCAAACGUGCUCAAUUGCAGGCUCUUCGAAAGGAGUUUGAAGUGCUGCACAUGAAGGUUGGAGAAUCUAACAAUGACUAUUUUGGACGAACUCUCGUCAUUGCCAACAAGAUGAGGAUUCACAAAGAGCACAUGGAGGAUGCGGUGAUCAUAGAGAACAUCUUAAGGUCUAUGGUUCCAAAAUAUGACUAUGUUUGGAGGAACAAGCGCUGUAAGUCACAUCUGGGACUCAACAAGGAGGACGAGGUGGAGGUCGCAUGGGAAUGCCCAAAGAAAGCAUGGGAUUCAAAGACAAACUAUGCAGAAACAAAAGAUGAGAUGUUGUUGAUGGCGCAUGUCGAUUUCAAAAAAGCUGGAACUGAACACAUCUGGUUUCUUAACUCUGGGUGUAGCAACCAUAUGAGCGGCAAGAGAGACAUUUUUGUUGAUCUUGAUAGCAGUUUCAAGGAAUCAAUAAAGAUGGGAAAUGACUCGAGUCUUAUUGUUCAAGGCAAAGGCACAGUUCGAGUGGAGGUAAAAGGGAUAGUUCAUGUGAUCAUGGGAGUUUUCUUUGUACUCGAACUGAAGAACAAUCUAUUAAGUAUUGGGCAGUUGCAAGAAAAAGGGUUCACUGUGCUCAUUCAACGAGACAAAUGUAAGAUAUUUCACCCUGAGAAUGGGCUCAUCAUUGAAACUAAAAUGACUCCUAAUAGAAUGUUUAUCAUGGUUGCUCACUGCUCACCACCAAGUGAGAAAAAGUGCUUCUCCUCUCUAACCACAGAUCAGGCCACUCUUUGGCACCGUUGA